GUGCAUAGUAUGACUUUAAAGGGAAAGCGGUAUACAGUGAGAAGAGAAAAAGAAAUGCUUUAUUGAAGUAUGAUGAAGGUUCUGUGUGCUGCAGGAUGGAUUCCUUAGAUAAACAAGCUGACGCUGAGUGUCUAACUCACAGGAAAUUAGAUUCCCCUACACCCACCUGUGAAAGUUUAGCGAGUGAGCAGUCACGACAUUUGCCAUUCAACUUUAAGAAGGAAGGCCAUGAUGAACAAAGUCUAACUCACAGGAACGUAGAUUCCCCGACACCCAGCUGUGAAAGUUUAGCAAGUGAGCAGUCACGAUAUUUGCCGUUUAACUUUAAGGAAGAAGGCCAUGAUGAACAAAGCUAUAACCAGGAUCAACUGAACCCAGAAAAAUGUCAGAAAGAUUUGGUGUACAUUUUUCAGGUACUUGAGAACAAAAUCAUAACAUUUGUGAAGACUGAGCUCAAAAGGUUAAGCAAGACUCUAAGUAAUGAUACUCCAGCUCACUGUGGGAGUUCAGUGGAAGAAAUGAGCAAUGCAAGAGAGGGGGCUCUAAAGAUCACGCUGCACUUUCUGAGAGACAUGGACGAGAACGACCUUGCAGAUGCUCUAGAGAAAUCAACAGAUAAACUACUUGCAGCAUGUUUUCAUGGCCACAAGGUAAAUAUGAGAACAAGAUUUCAGUGUGUAUUUGAAGGAAGAGCAAAGAGAGGGAAUCCAACACUUCUCAAUAAGAUAUACACAGAGCUCUAUAUCACAGAAGGGGAAAGCGGAGAGGUCAAUUUUGAACAUGAAACGAGACAGAUUGAAACUGCACACAGGCGUCCUGAUAUCCCAAUUAAAAUCAAUGACAUGUUUAAGCAAAUGGCGGAGGAAAAGACAGAGAUCAGAACAGUGCUGACCAUGGGUGUUGCUGGCAUCGGGAAAACGGUCUCAGUGCAUAAAUUCAUUCUGGACUGGGCUGAUGAGAGGGCAAACCAAGACGUGCACCUAAUAUUUCCGCUGCCAUUUCGAGAGCUGAACUUAUUGAAGGAAACACAUCUCAGUUUGACAGAUAUCCUUCAACGUUUCUUCCCAGAGACAAAAGAAUUGUCAUUUUCAAGCAAUGAAAAACGCAAGAUGCUCUUCAUCUUCGACGGGCUAGACGAAUGUCGUCUUCCACUAAACUUCCAGAGCAACGAGAAUGUGUGUGAUGUGACAGUAUCUAGUUCAAUUGAUACUCUCCUGACAAAUCUUAUUAAAGGAAAUCUGCUUCCUUCUGCUCUUAUCUGGAUAACGUCUCGGCCAGGAGCAGCCAAUUCUAUCCCUCCUGAGUGCAUUGAUCGACUGACGGAGAUUCGAGGAUUCAACGACUCUCAAAAGCAGGAGUACUUCAGGAGAAAGAUUACUAAUGAGAACCAUGCCAGCAAAAUUAUAACACACAUUAAGUCAUCCAGAAGCCUCUUCAUCAUGUGCCACAUUCCUGUCUUCUGCUGGAUUUUAGCUACUGUUUUUGAAAGUAUGCUUUUUCAGCCAGACUCCUGGGAGCUUCCAAAAACACUCACCCAAAUGUACAUUUACUUCCUGAUUUUUCAGACACAGCAAAAGAAUCAGAAGUACUAUGGAAAUAAAUAUGUAGAUCCUCGGUUUAACAAGAAGAGCAUUCUCCUCCUUGGGAAGUUAGCAUUUCAACAACUGGAAAAAGGAAACAUAAUCUUCUAUGAGGAAGACAUCAGAGAGUGUGGCAUUGACAUCACAGAUGCGUCGGUGUACUCAGGAGUGUUCACACAGAUCUUCAGAGAGGAAUUUGGGAUGUAUCUGGGAAAGGUGUAUUGCUUUGUUCAUCUGAGCAUUCAGGAGUUUCUCGCAGCUCUAUAUGUGUUUUUGAAGUUUGUUAAAAGCAAUGUCAACUUAUUCUCAACAGAGAAUUCCUUCAUCAAAAGAAUGCAAUUCAGAGAUAUCACACUGUUACACAAAAGCGUAAUAGACAAAGCACUGGCGAGUGAGAAUGGACAUCUAGACCUUUUUGUCCGCUUCCUGCUGGGCCUCUCUUCGGAGCCAAAUCAAGUUCUUCUCCAAAACCUAUUAACACAGAACGUAAAAAAGAUGCAAUGCACAACAAACACACUGACCUAUAUCAAGAACAUCAUCAAGAUGAAUCCUUCUCCAGAGAAAUCCAUUAACCUAUUCCACUGUCUGAGUGAGCUGAAUGACCACACACUGGUGCAGGAAGUCCAAACUUUUCUGAGUUCUGGAAGCCUCUCCAAAACUGAGCUCUACCCUGCACACUGGUCAGCUCUGGUCUUUUUGUUGCGGACCUCAGAAGAUCACAUGGAUAAGUUUGAUCUGAAGAAGUACAUCAGAUCAGAAGAAUGUCUUCUCAGGCUGCUGCCUGCAGUUAAAUGUGCUAAAAAAGCUCUGCUCAAUGGGUGUAACUUGACGCAUACAAUUUGUGCUUUAUUAGCUACAGCUCUGCACUCAUCCACCACAUGCUGGAAUGAGCUGGAUCUGAGUGAAAAUAAUCUGCAGGAUAAUGGGUUGGGACUGCUCUCUGCUGGACUGAAGAAUUCAUUCUGCAAACUUGAAAUACUGAGGAUCAGGGAAUGCAACCUCACACACAACAGCUGUGUGACUCUGGCAAAAGUUCUUAAAACGAACUGUCAUCUAAAAGAGCUGGACCUUGGACAAAAUAUGCUCCUGGAUUCAGGAAUAAAAUGGCUGUGUACUGGCCUGGAGAAUCAGAAAUGUAAAUUAGAGAAACUUGGAUUAUCAAACUGUGGAGUAAAAGAAGAAGGAUACGCAGCUUUGGCCCAGAGUUCAAAGUGCUCACACCUCAGAGAGCUGGACCUCAGGGGAAACGAUCCUGGAGACACUGGAGUGAAGCUUCUGUUUGCUUUGCUUGAGGAUCCAUUCUGUAAAAUGGAGAAACUCAGACUUCUGAAUAGCCCCGCCACAGAGGAGGCUUGUGAUUCUCUGCAAUCAGCUCUUGGAGUAAACCCAUUACUACUUCACAUUCUGGACCUGAGCUGCUGUAAAUUUCAAGCUUUUGGUGUUAACAAAUUAUCUGCUUUGCUGGAGGAUCCACACUGUAGAGUAAUGACAUUAAAACUUAACGAGUUCAAUAUCACAGAGGAAGACUGUGCUGCAUUAGCAUUAAGUUUAAACAUGAACCCGUCACACCUGAGAGAGCUGGACCUGAGUGAGAAUGAGCCAGGAGAUUCUGGAAUGAAGCUGCUUUUCAAUGAGCUAAUGAACCCACAGUUUAGACUGGAGAAAUUAAGGCUAAAACACUGCAGUCUAACAGAGGAAAGUAUCUCCAUUGUAGCUUCAGCUCUCAACCAAAAUCCUUCCUAUAUAAAAGAACUGGACCUGAGUGGAAAUAAAUUUGGAGAUGGGGGAAUGGAGCUUCUUUGUACUGUUCUAAGAAAUCCUCUAUGUAUACUUGAGAAGUUAGUACUGUCAAACUGCCGGAUUUCAGAUGAAGGCUGUGCUGCUUUGGUUUUGGCUUGGCGCUUAAAUCCUUCACAUCUGAGGGAACUGUAUCUUGAUGGAAAUAGACUGGGUGACUUAGGAGUGAAACAUCUCUCAGCUUGGUUUAAGGAUCCACUCUGUCAGCUCGAGAAAAUUGGGCUCCAGAAUUGUAAUAUUACAGAUGAGGGUGCUGUCUGUGUCACUUCAUCGCUUGGUUCAAAUCCCUCUCACCUCAGAGAACUAGAUUUGAGUGACAACAGACUAGGGGAUGAGGGCAGUGAAUCGCUUUCUUCUCUAGUGAAGGAACCACAUUGUAAAUUGGAGAGAAUGAAGUUACAUGACUGUGGUCUGACAGAGGGGAGCUGUGUACUUCUGACUUCAGCACUGAAAUCCAACCCCUCCUACCUACAAGAGCUGGAUUUGAGCUUUAGUAAGCCUGGACAUUCAGGCAUUAAGAGUCUCUCUGCUUUAAUGAAGGACCCAAUAUUUAAACUUGACACAUUAAAGUUGACUUACUGCGGCAUCACCGAGGAAGACUGUAUAGUUCUGGCAUCAGCCUUACUUUCACACCCAGAACACCUGAGAGAAAUGGAUCUGAGUGGCAAUAAAUCAGGAGAUUUAGGCGUAAAGCAUGUUGCAGAUUUACUACAGAAUCCAAAUUGUAAAUUGGAAAGAAUGAGGCUCAGAUAUUGCAGUAUCACAGAAGAAGGCUGUUCUUUUGUCGCAUCAGCUUUGAGUUCAAACCCCUCACACCUGACAGAACUGGAUCUAACCUACAAUCACACAGGUGACUCUGGGGCAAAAUUUCUUUCGGAGGCCAUAAGAGACCUAAACUGCAAACUGGAGAUUUUAAAACUUAACAGCUGCAAUAUAACAGAUGAGGGAUAUGGCUAUCUAGCUGAGGCUCUCAGGUUGAACCCCUCACACAUACGAGAGCUGGAUCUGAGCCUUAAUAAAGCAGGAGACUCAGGAAUAAAGCUGCUCUCUGCUGUCCUUGAAAACCCGCAAUGCAAACUUGAAUCUCUCAAGCUUUUUAACUGCGGUAUUACAGAAGUGGGCUGUGCUUAUUUGGCCUCAGCUCUUCGUUUGAAUCCUUCCCAUCUGAGAGAACUGGACCUGAGACAGAACAGACCAGGAGACUCAGGGGUGGAGCUGCUCUCUGCUGUGCUGAGUGAUUCGAAUGUUAAACUUAGAAAACUAAGGAUAAAAUCCUUCAGAGAACAACAAUUACACAGCGUGUGAAGACUGGAUGCAAGUUUGACGCUGAAAAGCAAUGUGGAACAUUCCCUUGACAUUUCACUUCCUCUUCUGUAUUUUCUCUUUGUGAAUCAAACUGGUGGAAUCUGUUUUUUAUAUGUACAGUACCAGUCAAAAGUUUGGACACCCCUACUCACACAUAGGGUUUUUCUGUAUUGUGACUAUUUUCUACAUUGUAGAACAAUACUGAAGACAUCAAAACUAUAAAAUAACAUAUGGACCAUGUAUGGAAUUAUGUGGUAAACAAAAAAGUGUUUAAAAAAAUGUCAUAUUUUAGAUUCUUCAAAGUAGCCAGCGUUUACUUUGAUGACGCUUUACACACUAUUGGCAUUAUCUUAAACAGCUUCAUAAGGUAGUCACCUGGAAUACUUUUCAAUUAACAGGCGUGCCUCGUCAAAAGUUAAUUAGUGCAAUUUCUUGCCUUCUUAAUGUGUUUGAGAUCAAAUAGUAAAUAAUAAUAAUACAGUAAAUGGCCCUAUUCCACAACUGUAGUAAUCCAUAUUAUGUCAAGAACCGCUCAACUAAGUAAAGAGAAAUGACAUCCAUCAUUACUUUAAGACAUGAAGUGACUUUUAAUUAAUAAAAAUAAAGAAAAAACACUGAAUUAGAAGGUGUGUCCAAACUUUUGACUGGUACUGUAUAUCUACCAAUUUGAGGAUGUUCCUUUCAAGAACGUCCAUCUGACAUUUGAUUCCUCAGACUGAGGAUGUUAUCUAGGGCCCUGUGAAUGGUUAUGAGGGCAUUAGGUACCUGUACAGUCCAGCCGGAUGAUAUCUGACUGGAAGUACAGAAACAGGUGGGUCGUGUAACCAUGGAAGGACAGAUUGUAUGCUCAUUAAAUAAAUUCCCUAACCUUAGCUGUGAUAAUGCAAGCUACGUAAAGGACUGGUGGAGGCAAACGUGCGUUCAAAAUUUUAUUCAAUUCAUGUCCAAAAGAUUAUUUUACACUCUGUUAGUAUGUACAGGACUAUCAGAGUUGAACACAUGCCUCAGGAUCCUUGUAUACAUGGCAUCAUGGACUCAUAAAGUAUCAGGAAAUUAUACAUGAAAAUCUGUCUACCUCAGGACUGGGUCGUGGCUGGAUCCAGCAGGACAAUGAUCCAAAACAUCCAUCAAAAUCCACACUAAAAGCUUCUGACAUUUACAAGGUGUUCAGGUUAACCAUAUCAUAGGGUCAUAAGGAAAUAUAAUAAUAUAUUAUAUGGACAUGAGUGUUUUACUGGGGAAUACGAGACUCAUAUUUUUCAUACGAGCUACAUUCGGGACAUGGAGAUUCAAAACUGUGACAUAAAUCUCUAUAUGUCACUUGUGAGGAAAUCGAUGAAUUGUUUUGAUAAAUUUGAGUACUUUUUGUUUGUGCAUGUGUCUAUAAAAUAAAAGAAAAUUAUACGUUGGCUUGAA